CGGGGUGUGUCCUUCCUUCCUUCCUCCCUUACUUCCUCGUCUAUGGAAUGAGGAGGGCGUCGUGUCAUCAGACGUUUCAAGAAGCCGCGGCGAGAGGACGCAGCGAAGGAGAAGUAAAGCGAAGGAGGAAUAAAGGAGGAAUAAAGCGAAGAAGACGGAACGACUAAGAAAUGGAUUCAUCGAGGACACUGACGCUUUUUCUGCUGAGUAUCUGCUGCGUUUGUGCCACAGCCCAAAAGUCAAGCCGUGGGUUUAUUGCGACGGUGAACGCUCAGAACGAGACCAAUGUGAGUGAGGCCACGAAAAAGGCUCUGGAGAGCAGCCUCACCACCAUCUUUUUCCCCUUCGUGUACAUCGUGGUGUUCGCCGUGGGGCUCCCCGCCAACGGCAUGGCCAUCUGGGUGUUCCUGUUCCGGACCAAGAAGAAGCACCCGUCGUCCAUCUACAUGGCCAACCUGGCCCUGGCCGACCUGCUCUUCGUCAUCUGGCUGCCGCUGAAGAUCGCCUACCACGUGCACGGGAACAACUGGACGUACGGCGAGCCGCUCUGCAAGGUCCUCGUCAGCUUCUUCUACGGGAACAUGUACUGCUCCAUCCUGUUCAUCACCUGCCUCAGCGUGCAGAGGUACUGGGUGGUGGCCCACCCCCUGUCCCACCAGAGGAAGAACAACAAGGUGGCCAUCGGCGUCUGCGUAGCCAUCUGGGCUUUCAUCUGGUUCAGCACCACUCCCCUGUACCUGUACGACCACACGGUGAAGCUGACAAAGCCCGACAUCACCACCUGCCACGACGUCAACAUCAUACGCGACCUGCGCAAUCCGCUCGCCUCGGUCCGGCUCCCGUUCUACUACUUCACCUUCAUGGGCGCCAUCGCGUUCUUCAUCCCUUGCGUGAUGAUCGUCGUGGCCUACGUCCUGUUGCUCCGGGCUCUGGGGAACUCCAUGGAGGACAGCACGGCGUCCAAGAACCGGCGGAAGGCCGUGGUGCUCAUCGUCACCGUCCUGGUGACGUUCCUCGUCUGCUUCAUCCCCAGCAACAUCAUGCUGCUGCUGCACUACUCGCUGCUCAAGGACGGCGUGGAGAACAACGGCUACGCCUUCUACACGUCCACGCUGUGUCUGGCCAGCCUCAACAGCUGCCUGGACCCCUUCAUCUACUACUUCGUGUCCGAGGACUUCAGGGACCACGUGAAGAACACGUUCCUGUGCAGGAGCAGCCGGACGGUGGAGAGGAUGCGGGUCUCCUUCAGCUCCAUGAAGUACUCCAAGAAGAGCAAGACGUACCUGUCGGAGUCCGGCAACACGCAGAGCAGCACCUGUUGAUGCGCCGGAAAGAGGAAAGAGACGCGUACGUGACGCGAUGUCGUAGUGGAACUGUGACGCAGCCGGGGGUUUCCUAACGGACUUCAUUAGUCAGACUCAGGAACUUAAAAUGUGAAGACGAGAGCGGACGUGUACAUGGCUUCAGUUUGAACAAGAUGUGAAACCUGAUAAUAUGACGUAAUAUCUGCACAUAAGCAAAAAGGUCACAGUUUCAUCACAGUAAACGGGAUCGUUCCAUAAAGAGUAACUUAUCAGAGGACAUUUUCAAACUACUUCAACAACAGCGCGGCUCAUACGAGGGGCAUUUACAUGCGAGUGGAUAAUGCAUUUUCCCUUUUGCAGUGAAGCUGUAACUCUUAUCAAUCGUCUCCACCCUAAAACCAAAGCCCGUCCUCUUCUUUUCUUUUGUUGACAAUUAUUUACCAAUGUUCUGGCAGCAGCAACAUUAACACCCGGAGGUAAACGGCUCAUGGUUCAUGUCAAUAAAAGCAAAGUCUGAGCACGGAAAACAUCCCUGUGCACAGAAACUAGAACCUGCUUCCAAACUUUUGGCCUGAGAUAUAAAUAUAUAUAAAAUGUGUGUUUGUGUGUGAAUGCAGAGAAAAAAAAAAUAGCUUUUUCUCCAAGAUUGUGACUGACUUUAAAGCCACUAUUAUAUAUCAUGAGCUCGCUUUUAAUGUGUGUUUUAAUAUUUGUCUUUUUUUAAUUUUAUUUUAAUUUUAAUUUUUAUCUGGUAUGUUUCAACCUCUCGUGCCAAAGCGUGUGUUGUUUUUGUUCUGUUUUUGUUUUGUAAAGAAUAGAGGAGGAAAAGAGGAGUGGACGUUGUUACAUAGUUUCCUAAAUAAAUGAUAAAACAAUAGGA